AUUCAGGUAGGUGCUGGAUUAAACAGGUCUGCUAAUUCAGAGACACUAAGAAACCAUUGGAGCCCUGAGCUCUGUUGGGAUUGGAGUUGCCAAGGCCUUUAUCAAGAGCCACCCCUAGUGACACAUCCAGUGCCAGGAUGUGGUUUGACUUUGACUCUUCUGCAAGGGCUUUGCAGAAGACCUUAAGCAGGAAGGGGGGAAAGAUGGAAGCUCUUAGGAUUCCAAUGCUCAUGCCUUGUGCCUUUGAAAGCCACUACCUCAGUUUGGAGCACCCCGGAGCCUCCAAGCCUCCGCUAAGCUCCUCCAAUAUGACAUCACGGAUUUUGCUACGACAGCAGCUCAUGCGUGAGCAAAUGCAGGAACAGGAGCGCAGAGAGCAGCGACAGAAGCAGCAGGCAGCUCAGUUCUUGCAGCAGAGAGGGGCCGGGAACCAGACACCUGCCAUCAACGUCAGCCUCCCCGCCAGCCUUCUUCCCGCGGCUCAGGUGCCAAUGGAAGUCCUGAAGACAGGUUUAAUUGAAGGAGGUGCCAACAGGUGUGAGAUGCGCACUCUAAAUCACCUUUUCCCCUUUGAAUCUGGAUCACUGGACAGCUGUACUAUCAACUCUUCUUCAUCUAGGCUGGUGCAGACUCACCUGGAAAACCCCACUAAGUACCACAUCCAACAAGCUCAACGGCAACAAGUCAAACAAUACCUCUCGACUACAUUAGCAAACAAGCACAACAACCAGGCCCUAAGCUUACCCUGUCCAAACCAGCCCAGCGACCACGUUAUGCCACCAGGCACUGGAAGCAGUGCACCCAACAGCCCAAUGGCCAUGCUUACCUUGAACUCCAACUGUGAAAAAGAGGGCUUUUACAAAUUUGAAGAGCAAAGCAACAGGGCUGAAAACGAAUGCCAGUCUCUGAAUACACAUUCUCGAGUGCCGUGUAUGCAGAUGGAUGAUGUAAUUGAUGACAUAAUCAGUUUGGAAUCAAGUUAUAAUGAAGAAAUCUUUGGUUUAAUGGAUCCUGCUCUACAAAUUGCAAAUACGUUACCUGUCUCUGGCAAUCUAGUGGACCUGUAUGGGAACCAAGGCUUGCCUCCCCCAGGACUUAAUAUCAGCAAUUCCUGUCCUGCUAACCUUCCUAAUAUAAAAAGGGAACUCACAGGACUUGGCCGUCUCGCUUCCCAACCUUCUGGAGAAGAUUUUGAGGGUGCAGGGUACACAGGGGUACACGAAAAAGGAGGAAUCUCUUCCUUUCCUGUUCUACUGAUGGAAAAUAUUCUGACAGAUGGAGGUUUAACUGAAUGCAGCCCGUUAUCCUCAGAAUCAGAGGCAAGAGCUUUGGCCAAAGAGAGACAAAAGAAAGACAAUCACAAUUUAAUUGAAAGAAGACGACGAUUCAAUAUUAAUGAUCGCAUAAAAGAACUUGGUACUUUGAUACCCAAAUCAAAUGACCCAGACAUGCGUUGGAACAAGGGCACUAUUUUAAAAGCCUCUGUGGACUACAUCCGCAAAUUACAAAGAGAACAGCAACGUACGAAAGAGCUAGAGAACAGACAAAAGAAACUGGAACAUGCUAACAGACACCUUUUGCUCAGAAUACAGGAGCUUGAGAUGCAGGCUCGAGCACAUGGGCUUUCCAUCAUCCCCUCUACUGGCCUUUGCUCUUCAGAAAUGGUAAACCGGCUUAUCAAACAAGAGCCCAUCCUUGACAACUGCAGCCAGGAAAUCUUGAAGCAGCGUCACCCUGAGCUCUCUUCCACAACCACUCUUGACCUUACCGAUGGCACCAUCACUUUCAAUGGCAGCCUGGCAAAUGUGACAGAAUCGGCCACAAGCACUUAUGCUGUCCCUACAAAAAUGGGAUCUAAACUGGAAGAUAUGUUGAUGGAUGAUACUCUGUCUCCUGUUGGAGUUACUGAUCCACUUAUAUCAUCAGUAUCUCCUGGGGCUUCAAAAACCAGUAGCCGACGGAGCAGUGUGAGCAUGGAGGAUACUGACCAUGCUUGUUAGUAGAUAUCAUUAGUCAGGCCUCUCACAAACUUCUUCAUUUCUUGAUUGGUAGAUUAAAGUAAUUUGUUCUUUUUUUUCCUAAUAUUUUAAUAUAAGUCUACAGAUAGCUCAGUGUAUGUGACUUUUUUUAAUGUUUGAAGAGACUUGUAUAUUGUUUUAUAACUACCAGUGCUUCCAAAGUAUAGUACUGUAUCUGUGAACUAGAUCUAUCAAGGAACUCCAAAUGAUUUCAUCUCUACUCAAAAGCAAUAGAAACCUACAGAUCAGCAAGUCCAUGAUCCACUGAAGAUGAAACUUCAAUAUGACUAUAAGUAAAUGACUUGGAAGUGAAAUGAAGAAGAAUGUAUAGAAACCAAAAAGAAAAUUAGCUUUGUAUAAACUAUUUUUCUGUUGACUUAAUAGUGCCUCCUUUUAAAAAAAUAUACAGUAUCUAUUAAUUCAUAUAAUCUUUCCCAUGGUGAUAGAUAAAAUAUGUGUAUCAACAGGUUACCUGUAUAGAAACUAACUGAUUUUAAAUUUCAAGCUAGAUUUAAUGGAAAGGAGAGACAUCUAAAGAUUCAAUGACAUUUAAGUUUGUAUCAUCAUAAUUAUCCAUUGAGUGAGCAUUCUUCAAAAUUUUGUCUCAUCUUUUCAAGAAACAUUACUUUUAAUAAUGUCAA